UGCCAGAACGAAUCAACCGCGCGAAUAGGGCUCGUGCUGUUCUAAUGUCGCACAUUAGCGACGCGCUUCUGUUAUAAAAUGCAGAGUGAAGAAAGUAAAAGGAAUGUAAAAGCUAAAGAGGUUAUAACCGCGCUGUGUAGGUUUCUUUCGGCGCUGGGUGUUGAGGCGGUUCCCACCGCUGAGGUGUUCAGGAGAGCCAAAUUCAACCGGACAGAGGCGGCGCCAGACUUGUGGUGUUUGCUGUCGAGUCUCCUGAGGAAGGUCUUUGAACCAGACUGCGCAUGCGCAGAACAAACCAAACGGUCUCCCUCAGGUUCCCAGUUUCACUUCGUGCAGUCUGCCCUCUGGCACAGCGGUUAUGGGGGUUGGUGGGUCAUCGGACCGCGGGCUUGUGACUUCACGGAGGAAGUUGGAAGCCGGGAUCUGCUGCUGGCCUUCAGCUGGCUCAUUGCUUCAGGAGACCUGCUCGAAGCUCUGCUACGAGACAGCUUUCUGGAGUUGGAUGUCCUCUCGUCGGCCGCAGGGGGUCUUCCUGAAGAACCGGAGCUGGACUUAAAUAAAUGUGAGGAAAAAGACGUCAGGAUGUUGCAGUGGCAGUACGGAAAGCUGAAGCUACAGUGGCGGAAUCUUUUAACAGCCCAGCAAGAGCAGGCCAAGCUUACAGACAAGGUCUGCGUUCACAUGAGCUCUCAACCCAGCUCUUAUCCCGGCACUGUCCAUGUUCCUAAACGUUCUACAUCUACUGCACUUGAAAAGGAUCUAGAGCACAUACGGUCCCUAAAUGGAAUCCUUGAAGCAUAUCUGGAAUGGAAAAAUAUGGAGCCGCUGUUCUGGUGCUGGAUGGACAGUGUGAUUGACGGCUACCUCUCAGACGGGUAUCAGGAAGGGUCUGUAGAUGUGCUACAAAGAGCCCACGCUGACACUCCGAGCUGUUCCCAUGGUGACAAGGCUAGGAGAGCUGUAAGACGUCUAGACAAGAUGCUGCUAAGGCUACAGACCAAGCACAAGGACAGACUGGACAGAUGCACAGACACAAUACGACUUAGCCACAGGCAGAAAGAAGAGGUGGAGAGGAGAGUGGCCGCACAUUUGCAGGACUUGUCACAAAUCAGCACCUUGACCUCCAUUGACCGAGGCUUCACACCAUACCUCCAAGAACCACAAGCUUCCAGAUCAACAAGCAAGAGUUCAGGUCCAGUGCAGACUUCAGGAAUGCUUCAGGCUUUGUCAGUGUUACAGGAGCUAAGGCACAGAAAGGCCGUACUGGAGCAGGAGAUGGAGCUGCUGAGGCAGAGCCUGCGGGAUGAAAUACAGUCAAAAGCUAAUACACUGGAGGGUCUGGUGUUUAUCCUGCCUCUCAAGAGAUGACACAAACAAUUUCAGGCUUCCUGUAAAACUAAAGACUUUUUAAACACUGCUUUAGGGGGGUAAAGUUGAUUUAAUAAGAAACUAAAAACUGUAGAGAAUUGUGAACUCUUAGGAUACAAUUUGAGUGUUUCUGUUCAGUCUUUUUAAUCAGAAAUGAAUGAUCUUGUCUUGUUCGUGCAAUUCUGUUUGCCGUGUAAGUAAAUGACCGUGAAAUGUUACUAAUGAUAAAGUUAUUUAUUCACUUUAACAA